AUGCAUCAGCGGGGAUCGUUUGUCUCUCCGUUGCUCAGCGGUGUUUUCUGCCAGUGCCGCUCGGAGGAGUAUCAGGGCUCGGACCCCGGUGGAGGUGGUCGGACUCUGGGCUCCGCGACAUCUCUAUCCGAGCACCGCCAUGAUGAGUCCUGCGACUCCCCGCAUCACUGCCCGGUGUGCGGCGGACCCGAGCAGGAGCAUCGGCUCAAGGUGCUCUUCCAGAUCCUGGAUGUCAACAGAGACGGAGGCAUCUGUGUCAACGACCUGACCAUCGGACUGAAAAAGCUGGGGGUCCAUCGCACAGAACAUGAACUCAAGGUUCAUGCGUCACGCAGCAACUUCAUGGGCAUCGCCGGAGGAUUCGCCCAAAUGAUCCGUGAGGGUGGACUUCGGUCGCUGUGGCGAGGGAACGGUAUCAACGUUUUGAAGAUCGCGCCUGAAUCUGCUAUCAAGUUCAUGGCGUAUGAGCAGAUUAAGCGGCUGAUUGGCAGCAAUCAGGAGACGUUGGGAAUCCUGGAGAGGCUGGUUUCUGGGUCUCUAGCAGGAGCUAUUGCUCAGAGCAGCAUCUACCCCAUGGAGGUUUUAAAAACUCGUCUUGCCCUGGGAAGGACGGGUCAGUACUCUGGUAUGAAGGACUGUGCUAAACAUAUAUUUAAGAAGGAGGGACUGAAAGCCUUCUAUAAAGGUUAUAUUCCCAAUAUGUUGGGAAUCAUCCCUUAUGCGGGAAUAGACCUGGCUGUUUAUGAGACAUUGAAAAACUGGUGGCUGCAGAGGUUUGCUACAGACAGUGCCGAUCCGGGUGUGUUCGUGCUGCUAGCCUGUGGUACAAUGUCUAGUACUUGUGGGCAGUUAGCAAGCUACCCGUUAGCCUUAGUGAGGACACGAAUGCAGGCUCAAGCAGCUACUCAGGAAGGCAGCCCACAGAUGACCAUGACUGGUCUCUUCAGACACAUUGUACGGACAGAGGGCGCUAUUGGACUCUAUAGAGGCUUGGCACCCAACUUUAUGAAGGUCAUUCCUGCUGUUAGCAUCAGCUAUGUGGUGUAUGAGAACCUGAAGAUCACCCUUGGCGUCCAGUCCCGGUGAGGGGAACCCAAGGACUGUUCAAAUCCUUAAUGUCUCGAGGAGAAGUGUAGCAAUAGUCGGCCAAGAAAGAGCUUGCAUGAGGGGAAGACGAGAGGUUUGACUUUAUUCAGUGAAUGGAAGAGUAACUGGAAUAAAUGAGACCAGGGACAUGCAUAGAAAAUACCUCUACAUUAAAUACAAUCCUAGCUGUAAGUAAAAUGUGAACAUAUCAAAUGGCGACUGUAUUGGAUCCAGACACUUCCUUAUGGGUUGCAUUUGCUAUAUUUUAGUAGGGUCCAAUUAUAUCCAAGACAUUUUGAAAAACUACUUUAUGGAAAGGAAGGGCCAAACAUCUGAUGGAUUCAAAGAGCCAGAUUUACUAAAGCAUUUAGUAUAUGCAAAUUUCCUUUAAGAAAAUAACACUGCAUCCAUUAAUUAAUUCAUUUAAACCGCACAACUGAAAUUUAAUGCGCUAAAGGCUUUAGUAGAUGCAAUGCUAAUAAUAAUCCUGGUGUAGUCCCUUCAGAUCACUGAAUCAUCAUUCCACUGGAUGUCAGUGUUCAGUAAUAAAGAGCUGACUGGGCCAGACACAAAUUUGUUACAAGAUCACCCACAUACUUGCAUUUCGCUGGCAUCAUUUACUGCUUGUAUUAUUAUACGAUUUAUUCCCUUGUAUUAUUACAUGAAU